AUGAAGACUGCCGUUGGUGUUAUUUUCACGGCUGCAUUAGGCACUGCCUUGCCCCAUGUAGAUAGGUCAACUACGACGUUUUCCUCCCGCAGCACUGAUGCAGCUAAUGAAUCGACCCCCCCUUGGGUUGAGUAUAAAGGCGACAUUGGCGCUUGCAAUAGGGCUUUCAGCAAAAGAGCUACUCGUCAGGAUGUCGAGGAAGCUUGUGGCACCGAGUUUUUCUGCGACCUGUGGGACACAGACUAUGGUCCCGACUACCUGAAAGACAUGUCGGAGCGAUAUGGCUACGCGAAUAAGGCGGAAUGCCUCGCUGCCCACACCAAGCCCCCUUGGGUUGAGUAUGAAGGCGACUAUCCAACCUCGGACAGUGUGGCUUUCAGCGUCAAGACCCACUACAACACCAACUGCGCUGGUAGUGUCAACAACAACGUCGACAUCAAGCCAGGGAAUGGAGUCUGUGUCAACACGAACUGCCGUGUCGGCAGCCUCGAAAUUCCAAGCGUCGGAAGCUGCCCGAACGGCCAAGUUCGAAUCAGCUACUGGCAGAAUGCCGAUUGCGCGGGCGACUGGUACGGUUACGGCUACGGAAGCAGAGAUACCUGCCGCGGACUGUGGUCCAACGGCUGGGGCUUCAAGUCCCUGUGGCUGUCGUGCGCCGAGCCCGACAGCGACUGCAUCCAGCAGGGAACCUGCACCGCCGCCCCAGAGCCGUCCACGGAGGUCUGCCGUGCCACGGCGGACGCUGACACGACAGACGCUGACACGACAGACGCCUUCCAUCUCAAGACCCGGUACAGCACAAAAUGCACCGGUGACGUCCACAACGAGGUCACCGUCCCGCACGGAGACGGCCAGUGCAUCGACACAAACUGCGCCGUGGGAAGCCUGGAUAUCGACAAUGUCGGGAACUGCCCUGAUGGAGAGCUGCGAAUCAGCUACUGGGAGCAGUCUGGGUGCUCGGGCAAGUGGUUUGGAUACGGCUACGGCAGUAGGAAUACCUGCCGGCCGCUGUGGUCUGGAGGCUCGAGCUUCAAGUCCCUUUGGGUGAGCUGUGCAAAGCAACGCGAUGACUGUGUCAGUCGGGGAACCUGCUCCAUUGACGAAGUGCCAAGUCGCCCUGUUUGCUGA